UCCUUUUUCACCUGAUCACUGAGAAUUAAGAAGCUAGCUAGCCAUGGCUCUCAACAAUUUGGUUACCUUGUUACUUGUCAUGUCAUGCGUCAUUGGUGGAGUUGUUACUAUGGUGGAUGCACGAGAAUUGCCACCACUUAAGCCCGGACAAGGCCUCGCAGCUCGGCUAGAGAGCCACCGAGGAGGAGGAGGAGGAGGAGAAGGAGGGGGUGGCAUGGUGGAAUGCUGGGAUGCUCUGCUAGAGCUGCGGUCAUGCACCAACGAGAUCAUCGUUUUCUUGCUCGACGGUGAGGCUUAUCUCGGCCUUGAUUGCUGCCGAGCCAUCCGUGUCAUUACUCGCCAGUGCUGGCCCACGAUGCUUACCAAUCUUGGUUUCACGGCUGAGGAGGGAGACAUUCUCCGAGGCUACUGUGAUGCUUCUUCCUCUCCCUCACCGACCCAAUCCCCAGCUCCAUCUCCCUUGUUUUCUGUGCCACCUCCUGCUGCUCUUAUCUCUGCAGUUGGUUAA